UGUUUAUUUUCGCUCCUGUUCCCUUUCGCGUCCAUACCAAUAUACUCCUUUUAUUCCUGCGCAUAUUUUCCUCCUCAAGAGGUCACGAUCGUUACCGAGUAUCAUUUCGGGUUCACGAAGCACUGCCCUGUUUCGUGGCGGCCAUCGUCGGGCUCGAGUGUAGACGGAGCAUUGAACUUAAUUCAGAUCAGCUCUAUGCUUCCAAGUCGCUCGAUCAGUGAUAAGAGAAUUGAACACUAGGUGAAGACUGCAGAGCGCGAUCAACUUCGCCCUCCAUUACGGCGCAUACGAACCUCAGGCACAGCAGCACGACCGAACAAACCGGCAUGAAUUCCAGAAUACUCACCCUAGUAUGGCUCGCAGGCCUUGCUGCAGCGCAAGACUCCUCCCAAUCCGUGGUCACAAUAACGGGCACUACCCACCAGCUCACAGGGGGCGAUGCUGGCCCAACAGUCACGCUUCCGUCCGACUUCGAGGGUAGCACUUUUCCGACAGGCACAAUGUCAGGCAUGCUCUCUGGCAGCACUGGCGCGCCGAACGCGACUGCAUCGGGCACGUCCACCCCUGAAAACACACUCACGGAGAUCGUAGGCGGGACACGGACAACAGCUGUCAGUGGGAACAUGACAGCCACCACAGCGACCACACCACGACCCUCAAACACUCAGCCUUGCAACAACUACGCCGAAUUCUGCAACCGCAAAUACUCCAACAUCACAGAAGUCUGCGCGCACAAUUCUCCCUUUGUACGCAAGAACAACGCAGGAGCGAACCAGGAGUUUGGCGUCACGCAGCAGCUGAACGACGGUAUACGCAUGCUCCAGGGCCAGGCACACUACGUCAACAACACGCUCUAUUAUUGCCAUACUUCGUGCGACCUGCUCAACGCUGGUACUGUGGAAGACUACCUCACCGACGUUACGAAGUGGGUUGCGUCCCACCCAUUCGACGUGAUCACCAUCAUCUUCGGCAACUACAACUACGAGGACAAAGACGAGAACGGAAACCCGCUCGUCACGUCCAAGAACUUUGCCGAGCCCAUUGAGAACUCGGGGCUAAAGCAGUACAUCUACCAGCCGCCCAAAACAGCCAUGACCCUCGACGACUGGCCCACGCUUGGCGAACUCAUCAUUAGUGGCAAGCGUGUCAUCACAUUCAUCGACUACAACUUCGACACGGACGCCGUGCCGUAUAUGCUGUGGGAGUUCUACAACAUGUGGGAGACGCCCUUCUCGCCCACGGACACCGAGUUCCCCUGCACGCUCGGCCGUCCCGCCGGCAUCAGCGAGGAGAAGCAAAGAGAAAUGCUGUAUCUCGCGAACCACAACCUCAACGUCGAAGUCAGCAUCGCCGGGCUAGAUCUCGUGAUCCCGAACACCGUCGAGCUCACCCAGACGAACGCGCUCAAUGGCUCGGGCAGUCUGGGUUUGAUGGCGAAUAACUGCGCGAGUGAAUGGGGCCGUCCGCCGAACUUCCUCCUCGUCGAUUACUACAACUUCGGAUCCCCGAUGAAUGGCUCGGUCUUCGAAGUCGCCGCGCGGGCGAACAACGUCACGUACAAUCGGAAGUGCUGUGGGACGGCUAGUCUUGCUACUGUUUUGGAGAGACCAUCGGCUACAUACUUCGGGCUUAUGAUUGCGGUUGUGGCGGCCCUGGUGCUAUAGAGGAAGAAUAAUGAUGGUUGUGUGCAUAUGGAAACCUCUCGAGAAAAAGCGUCAGAAGUAAAUUAAAAGACAAAUUCUGGGAGUCUCGGGAAUUGCACAGCGGUAUACUGGGCCGCUUGGAUGUCUUUUCAGCAUGCGUUAUUUAGCGGCAUAGACUGGGUGGGAAACCAAUCACGGAUACGCAUUGAGUGCUUAUCAUUAUUCACGUUCUCGUGCGCCGUAAGAACGAGCUGAUAUACCUGGCAUUAGAAUCUCUAUUGCCGACCGAGUAACGUUCCAUGCACAUAUAUGUAUAAGUCAGAGAAUUGUGU